GCUGCGUGUUACACCUAGCGAUAGUGUGUGCGCGCGGAAUAAACGCUCUUAGAUAAAGUCUACAUUCCAACUAAACCAGACGUGUUUUAUUUUCACUUUCUCUACCAUUGUUGCAGCCGUAAACAACUUUCAUUUCGUUUUGAAGCGGCAAACAGUUAGCAUCAGUGUUGUGGAUCGUGCUAAAAAUUUCGUGUAAAAAUGUAUUCAAAUAAAUAUACAAACGGCCAUCGAUCAACUGAAACGGUAAUCGAUCUUCGUUCAGAUGCCGUAAGCCAACCAACCGAGCAAAUGCGUCGGGCAAUGGCAAAUGCAGAAGUUGGAGAUGAUGUUUUUGGUGAAGAUCCAACUGUUCAAAAGCUCGAACGACAAUGUGCCGAAUUAUUCGGGAAAGAGGCAGCCCUAUUUGUAUCCAGUGGGACAAUGGGACAUCUCAUUUCAAUAAUGGUGCACUGUAAUCAACGAGGCUGUGAAGUUAUCGUUGGAGGAUCAUCCCAUGUAUAUCUAUAUGAACAAGGUGGAGCAGCGACUAUAGCUGGUGUUUCAUUGGAUAUAAUUCCGAAUAACGAAGAUGGCACCUACUCGCUGGAUGAGUUUCGGUCGAAAAUUCGUGGAAGCGACGAAAUACAUGAGCCCACCACCACUAUGGCUGUAGUUGAGAAUACGCAUAACAUAUCUGGGGGAAAAGUGGUUCCGUUAGAAUGGAUCGACAAAUUGGCCUCAAUCUGCAAGAGUGAAGGGAUUAAAUUACAUAUGGACGGUUCUCGUGUUUUCCAUGCUGCCAAAUAUUUAAAUGUGCCUGUUUCGCGAAUUGCUCGCGAUUUUGACUCUCUCACCUUUUGCUUGACUAAAGUGUGUGCACCAAUUGGAUCCGUUUUGUUGGGAUCCAAAGAUUUUAUUCGUCAAGCUCGUCGCAUUCGAAAGGCCUUGGGUGGUGGAAUGCGUCAAGUUGGAGUAUUGGCAGCAGCUGGUCUGGUUGCUCUAAGGGAGGUCGUACCAAAAUUGGGUGACGAUCAUCGUCACACAAAGCAAAUUGCCCAGGCCAUUUAUGAUUCGAAGAGCCCAUUCAUUACAGUCGAGAUUAAUAAGGUUCAAACCAAUAUUUGCAUGAUUCAUUUACUAAAAUCGGAAAAAUACUCGGCCAAAUAUUUUGUGGAACGCCUGCAAAAGAUCACUCCUGAAGAAUUAUCAGAAGGAAUUACUGAUAAGUCCGGUAACGGCGUCGUCAUUAAGGUUUGCGCCAGAGAUGAAUGGAAUUGCAUUAGAUACGUCGUUUAUCAUCACAUUGACGAUGAAUCGACAGAACUCGCGAUUAAAAAGAUCAAAUAUUGCAUCGCUGAACUUAAUUAACGUCCACAUUGUUUACGUUUUCAAUAAAAAUAAAUUGUCAUGUUCCACAGUGCAAUUAAUUGAUAAUCAUUGUUUUUUAUAAAUUAGAUUGCUAUCGCCUGAUUAUAAAUAAAGAAAGUAAUAUUGAUAAUGAAAUAAAUUGUCAACAAAA